AUGUGCGCGGGAAUUCAAAGAAGAAGCUGGGUGGCAGGCGCAAGUGUUGCCCCGUGCCUGUCCGGCCGAGUGUCCGCCCUCCGGCUGCCUAGCCGCUGCGAUUUCCGCCGCCCGCACCUCGGCCCCAUGCUCCGUCUGCUCGCCUUCUUUGUCGUCGUCUUCCACCUCGUCGAAGUAGGUCUGAAGAUGGGUGUCUGACACGGUGGCCGCCCUGACGGCAAAGAUGAAUCUGCCGCGGAAAGCGAGUCACAAAAAGAAAAGCUAGAAAAAAUAUGAGUUUGCGCUGCUUCAUAUGCGCUCUAUAGAUGAUCCGAAAGAGCCUGGACUCACUUCAUCCGAUAUUUUCAAUCUUUUGUUGAAAACCAAAAUAGAAGUUCAUUGAAUGUGAAAAAUGUUUGAAAACCGUAAAUUUUUUGAAUGUAAUGAAAUAUCCGCAUUUUUGGUUGUUUAAAGUUUUUUUUCUCUUUAUCUGGGUUGUAGAAAACUUUGACAGAAGUUAAACCUUUUUUUACUGUAUAACUGAAAAAAACCAUAGUUUGUUAAAAAUUUAAUUGACGAGUAAUUUUUUUCUAUUUUUUUCAAUAGUUAUGGUUUUCGUUUUCAAUAGUUAUCAGCGAUUGAUUUUUUUUUUUUUUGAAAAAUUCUCACUUAGGAAGAGCAUUUUUCUUGUUUUGGCCUUUUUCGAAUUUCUUUCGAUUUUUUUGGCGGCUUCAAAUUUUGCCCUUUUUUGUCAUAUGUCCUUAAGGCUUGUUGUGGAGAAAAAUAUGUUUCUAGGGAAUAGUAAGAUGGUUAUCUCCUUCGAGAAUCAAUCCAGUUUUUGUCGAAAAGGAUGAAAUCCGGGAAUAUUUCAGCCAAACUACCGACAACAGCCUUACCAACCGCAGCAACAGUCGCCCUACCAUCACCACCACCAGGCUUCCAACCAACCAGCGCCGACGCCGUCCGCCGUGCAGAGCUACCACCAGAAGCAGCAGCAGCAGAGACAUGAGCAGCACCAGCGACAGCAGCAAGAGCAGCAGCAGAAGUACCAGAGUCCGUCGUUCUUUCUGAAGCGUGUUCUGACGACGUCGUUUUGCAGACUCGGUGAAGGCUUACCACACGCAGUAUCCGACGGUGCCGCACGCCUCCGUCGUCAAUCCACCGACCCACCAAGUCUGCGACCUGCCGCCGGAUCUUUGGUUCGUUUCGCUCUCUUCAAGACCUUACUGCAUCAUUUGUCGUGUUCCUUCGAAAAAAGAGGCUAUGAAGCUUCCGGAGAAUAUCUCGAAUUGUUUUUGCAGGUGCGACAGUGCUCAGGCGGCCCAACAAUGCGGGGUUCAAAGGCAGUGCGACGCUUUGAAACACCGGCGGCAGCCUCUGAAAGUCACUCUCAUUUACGAAGCUCUGUGUCCUUAUUGUCAAAAGUAAGUGGUUUUCAGAAAACGAGUAAUGAAAAAAAAAAUGAAUAUCUUCUACUGCGAAAAGAAAAAUUCCAUUACAAACUACAAAAAGCAAAAAAAAAACUUCCGAAGCGUUUCAAAAUUCAGAGGAGAUAACUUAUGAGAAAAAUUACUCAAGAAAAUAUCCUCAUGGAAAGUUGUUUAAUUUUUGUUGUUUUUUCGGCUCGAGCCAUUAUUUUCAGAUUUAUCGCCAAUCAGCUGGGCAGCGUUUUCAACCAGUUCCAAGGACAGUUCGUCCUCGAACUCGUUCCUUGGGGCAACGCCAGAAUCCUGCGGGUUGGUUUUUCGUCCGAGCGGAUCAUGCUGUCGACGGCAGUUCAUUAAUAAUGUCGAGCUUUUGCACGCACUAUUUUUUCGCGUCUUGUCGGAGAAAAGUCGGCGCGUCAAACAGCUGCUGCGAAAAGACACGAGCUGCAUCAAAGAAAAAGAAGUAAAUGUUGAAAAGAAAAACUUGCAGGAUUCUUCAUUCCGAAUCAUUUUGAAGGCUAACUGAGGCUUUGAAAAUGAAGAUUUGAAACAGAUCUGAUACAAAUAUACAAACAAAAAAAACAAAAGAACUAUCACAGUUUAUUAAUUGAGGCUCUAUGAAAACGGUGCCAAACACUUUUUGAUGCACCAGAUAAAGAUCCUCAAAUUUUUCAAGUCCAAAAAUAUCUUUUCUAUCUUUUUGGCAAGAGGAUUCGUAAUUCCUGAAUGACCCAUCCGACCAGUCUUUUUUUCAUUUUUUUAUUUUUUUAUUUUUUUGUUGUUCGACUACAAAGCCUCCUUCAAACUCUUUGAGUCUUCAAUUGAAAUUUCCAAAAUUCUUCUGGCCAAUUCUCAGAAAAUUCCUAAUUAAAAAGUGAACUGACUAUCCUUGUAAGUUACAGUCCAGACGCGCUCAGCUCUAAUCACGAUCUUCAGGACGGCUCAUUUUCCUGCAAUCACGGUCAGAAGGAAUGCGACGCCAACAGAAUACAAUCGUGUGUCCUGGACAUCCUUAAGGUUUUCCUGGCCAUGCUUAAACGAGAACUUGACAUCAACAUGAAAGCUAGAAAGAAACUCUGUUUGCAAUGAGAACGUUUGCAGGUAAAAGGAGCCCUGCCGUUCAUCGUCUGCUUCGAACGCAACAUCCAGCACUACAGCGUCGAACACGCGAUGCAGUCAUGCAGUGCUUUCAUUCGCAGUCAGUACAGGCAAAUCAGGUACCAUGAACUCAUUUUACUCGGAAUCCUGGAAACAAAACCAAAAUCCCAGACAAUGCUACGACGGUCCGAGAGGUAUUCAACUUCAGCGGGAGGCCGCUCACAAAACGAUGACGACUAGGCCGAACGCUAUUCUCGAGGUAUACUGUGUCUAUAGAGUUCGAAAUUCAUUUGUUACAGCUUCGUUUUCAAUAAUCUGCAGUAUUGUGUAAUUUCUCGCGCGUCAAAAAUUUCAAAUAGAUGUCUGAUCUUAUAUUGAGCAAUAAAUCAGAGGAAAAAGAGUGGAAUAGAACACGACAGGUGCAAAAGAAAGAGGCGCUAUAAAUCACCCAAUCCUAAUUGUAAACAUGUUUCCAAAUGGUCCAAAAACUGUGGAACAAAAAUAGCCUUUUUUUGUUUUUUUUUCCUCAAAACCAGACAAUUUAUAGGUUCCUUAUCUGCUUAUAAACGACUACACGCCUUCCGUUGACAACAACAAUCUCAACGUAAUGCUUUUGCCGCAGCUUCUCAACAAAUGGACAAAAAUGAUCAACCGCAACUGA